AUGCCUUUUCGAGAGGCUGAGGAGGUGGAGACACAGAGCAGGUCAUGUCCUUCCGGCUGGACCAGAUACGGAUCCCGCUGCUUCAUGUUUGUCAGUACGCAGAGGACAUGGCUUGAGGCAGAGCGAUACUGUGUGCACUUUGGGGCGAACCUUGCGUCCGUACACAGUUCAGCAGAGCAUCACUUUGUGCAAGAGUUGGUGAGACGACAUACGAAUGAUUUAACCUAUGCUUGGAUCGGAGGAUUUGACCAUGUUCAGAACCGGGUGUGGCUUUGGAGUGACGGGUCUAGAUUGGAUUACACUAGCUGGCACACAGGAGAACCCAACAAUUACAAUGGCAAGAGGGAGCCUUGUCUGAUGAUGAACUGGGGAGGCGAGAAACGCUGGAAUGAUGGAAAUUGUGGAGACAAAUAUUCUUCUGUGUGUGUUAAAAGAAUCUGUUAA